AUGAUGAAGUGCAAGGCUGUGACCGUAGGGUCCUCUGAAUAUGAAACACUACGAACCCGAUUUUUCCACGCCCGAGUACCCCCGACGAAGCCCGCGGUAAUCUACAGCCCUCAAUCGACUUUUGAGGUAGCAGAGAUUAUCAACCAAGCGCGCAUCAGCAACUUAAAGGCUGGGGUGCGAUCUGGCGGUCAUUUGUUCCCCUGCUGCUCGCUGAUACAAGGUGGUGUCUUGAUUGACACCAGCCACCUCAAUCAGGGAAUCAAGUAUGAUAGCCUGACUCAGUUGGUAGAAUUUCCACCAGGAGUUCGAUCAAAAGAGCUUGCCGACACCUUGACGGCUGAAGGCAGAUUUUUCCCCUUCGGACACUCGCCAACCGUUGCGGCAGGAGGAUUCCUACUCGCCGGCGGGCAAGGCUGGUUCAUGCGUGGAUGGGGAUGUACCUCUGACAGUUGGGUUGAACGUAUGGAAAUUGUGACUGCGGAGGGCCAGAUUGUGCAGGCAAGCAAGACGGAAAAUGCCGACCUAUUUUGGGCUGCGCGAGGCAGUGGCCAGGGAUUUUUUGGUGUCGUAACGAGGAUCUGGGGGAAAACAAUUCCGACGCGUCGAUUGUGGGAGACGGUCGCAGUCUUUGAUUGUACUCAAUCCUUCACUGCUGUCCUUCGUGCUCUAUUUGAACUGAGCGACAGUACUCCCAAGCACGGGGUUGAAAUAGCCUUCGCGACCUUCCGGCCAGACCGCGACGAACCGGAUCUUGGCCAAGAGGUGGGAGAUACCCGGGUCUUCCUAGCGGCCAGUGCGAUAGCUUUUGUCGACACGAUGGCCGAAGCGCAGUCUUUGUUAACUCCCUGGACAACUCUGCCGCUGGCUUUAAAGCAGCAUCUGGUGUCGAUAACGCCGACAUGCGAACGAAGUUGGAGCGAAUUAUUUGAGGCCCAGGACAAACUGAAUCCUUCGGGGAAUGGGGAGAGAUGGCAGUGUGACAGCAUCUUGGAUCGUCCAGGCGUAACGAGAGACGAGCUGAUCGCCACAAUCAAACCGGCUCUGUAUGAUCUGCCCACACGCCGUUCAAUUGGAUGUAUCUACAUAGGAGAUUAUUUUCCGGAUGAGAACAACCAAGCCAUCAGUCUUCCACAGCAUUAUUAUAUUGCCUCGAUGACUUGCUGGACUGACCCUUCAUGGGAUGAUCGCAUGAGACAUUGGAUGCGCCGGACAUAUGCUUGCGCCUCCAAAGUAUCAUGCGGGCAGUAUAUUGCUGAUUUCGAUGUAAAUCAGAGAUUCACCCCGCUAGCUCUCCAGGUGCUUUCCGAAACCGCGCUAGAGAGAUUUCUCGCCAUCCGCCAAAAAUGGGACCCGGCGGAGAUGUUUGUUGGCUAUCGUGGAUUCAGCGGGCUGGCUGCGAUUCCAUCAAAUCUGUAA